AUGAUAAUGGCCAGCAGAAAGACCAAGAAGGAGGAAUGGGAUGCCACGAGAGCCUAGAGAGCAUCCUCCAAUGUCUUCUCCAUGUUCAAGCAGAAUUUAGCUCACACAUGAUAUAACAAAUAUCAUGUGGUGUUCACACUUAUCGACCAGGACAAAGAUGGGUUCAUUGACAAAGAAGAUCUGAAGGAUACCUAUUGUUCUCCAGGCAAGCUGAAUGUGAAGAACAAUGAGCUAGAAGACAUGCUCAAAGAGGCUAGUAGUCCCAUCAACUUCACCAUGUUCCUCAACCUGUUUGGAGAGAAGCUGCAUGGAACAGAUCCAGAAGACAUCAUUCUCAACACCUUCAGAAUGUUCGAUCCUGACGCUAAGGGUUAUGUUAAGCAGAUGUUCCAAUCGUCUACCUUCGACCCAGCAGGACACCUGGACUACAAAUCCCUCUGUUACAUCAUCACACACGGAGAGGAACAGGAGGAGUAAAGGAUCUAUGUUAGUGCUGUCAACAUCAGACAGGUGCUGAUGGUGCUACUGGUUGAUCUGUGUUUGAAAUGUGAAUAACAAGUUGCCUUGCUGCCUCUCUCUGAUUCAACCGAAGUUAAA